GUCGGCUAAUGACAUGCACCGCGCUAAUUCGGCGGCAUCAGCGACUCGGAUGCAGCCGGGCAGGCAAGCCCGGGACGGCGCAAAGGAUGAGCAGAUCUAUCUUGUCAGCUCGUGUACACGCCUGCCUUGGUGGCGAAGGCUUCUCUGCAGACUGGGAUAUGCAGACGCAUGGCAAUUUCAGACGAGCAGUGCCACCUUGCUGAGGCUUUUGGGACGAUGCCCGCACCUGCUGGGCUCCUUGGCGAGCUACAUACCACCGUUGAUCUUCCGGAGCGGCCACAUCCAUACGAUAUACUGCACUGUGGGUCACUUUGACAACAUAGACGUCAUACAGUACGAGCGACAUGUCAUCCAAAUGCAGGCUGAUGGUGGCUCCCUCGCACUCGACUUUACACCGCCCUUUGACGAGGCACCCUUAGACGAUCGGCCUAUCCUCAUCAUUCAGCAUGGCUUGACGGGCGGGUCUAGUGAAGCAUACGUGCGAAAUGUGCUCGCUCUCGCCUGCAAAAGUCGAGCAGCCGGCGGAUACGGCUAUAGAGCAUGUGUAGCCAAUUUUAGAGGCUGCGCCAACAGCAAAAUGACCACCGGCGAGCUUUACCACGCUGGCCGUACAAACGACGUGAGGACGGCUGUGCGCUACGUAAGGGAUCUCUUGCCAGAUGCCCCUAUUCUGCUUGCCGGCUUCUCGCUCGGCGCGAAUCUCGUGUCACGCUAUCUGGGUGAAGUGGGCACUUCGACGCCCGUGCGUGCGGCCGUUUUGUUCGGCUGUCCUUUCGAUCUGUACCGCUUACAUCUCGCACUAGAAAGCACCUUCUUGGGCAUGCUGUAUUCCCGCCGGAUGGGCGCCUCUAUGUCGAAUGUCGUCGAGCGGAAUCGAGAUGCGUUCGAGAAAGACCCGCGGGGCGUAGACCUAGAAGCGCUGUUCGAUAAGAAGGGCUCACUCACAUUAUACCAAUUCGACUCAAUCGUGCAGGUCGUGCUCAACGGCUUCGGUACGACGGAAAACUACUACAAAUCACAAAGCGCCUCGGCCAACUUAUCGGGCAUCCGCGUUCCCGUCCUUGCGUUGAAUGCGCUCAACGACCCUAUCGUGAGUGGCACCUGUCUGCCAACCACCAAAAAUCCGUACGUUGUGCUCGGCCAAACUCAACACGGCGGUCAUCUUGGCUGGUUUUCGAGCUUCACGCGGCGAUGGAUCGAUAAGCCAGCACUUGAAUUCUUGGAAGCUAUAUUGUCUGCACCCGACGUGGCGAGCUCCAUCCGUAAAGAGCUCGGCGAGGACGAGGCGGAAACAUUGGCUCCGCAAUUCGACACAGCAUACAAAGUCACGAGUAAAGGUGUCAAACUGAGCGCUAUGGACGCUGUGACCGGUAUUGAGCAAGGCCUGUGAAGACGUUCAAUGCAAAAAUGUUACAAGUGCAAUGAUUUACGCGCGGCCAAACUGUGGUGAUUCGUCAGGAUUCUCAGCUUUGAGCAUCAUCCACAAGCUGAAAGGAGAUUGUCGCAAAACACUCCUCUUCCUGACGUGUGACGCCGUCCGAUGCAGUAUACGGCUUUCUCCGGGUGGAGCGAAGCGUGUAACGGAUCGGCAUCUCUUUGAAGAACGAGGCAAUGUUCAACUUGACGGGCCCCAGAUGGAGAUCCAUUGUGUUGAGAUCGCACGCGGGUGUGUAAAAUGAGGCGCCAUACACCCU